AUGUCGCUCGCAACGGACACAAAGAUCGCCGAGUUCACUCACACCUCAACCGACGACAUCUAUCGCCUCACAGACACCAUCCGCGCCACAUUCCGCUCCAACAAGACCAAGGAUCUCAAGUACCGUACCCUCCAGCUCCGUAAGCUCUACUGGGCCAUCAAGGACUACUCCCCACAGCUCUGCGAUGCCUUGCGCAAGGAUCUGAGGAAGUGCAAGCACGAGGCCGUCCUCUCCGAGGUCGACUGGUGCGCCAAUGACUGCCUCUACAUGCUCAAGAACCUCAGCAAGUUCGCCGCCGAGGAGAAGUGCGAGGAUGUGCCCCUCACCUACGCGCCCCUGAAGCCGCGCAUCCGCAAGGAGCCCCUCGGCAUGAUUCUCGUCAUUGGCGCCUUCAACUUCCCCGUUCAGUUGACCCUUCUUCCUAUCAUUGGCGCCAUUGCUGCCGGCUGCACCGCCGUCUUGAAGCCCUCCGAGAGCGCCCCGGCUACCGCCAUGGUCCUGACCAAGAUCUUUGAGGUUGCCCUUGACCCCAAGGCCUACACCGUCGUCAACGGUGCCGUUCAGGAGACCCAGGCGCUUCUGGACGUCAAGUGGGACAAGAUCAUGUACACGGGCAGCACUGCUGUCGGCAAGAUCAUCUCCAAGAAGGCUGCUGAGACCCUCACACCCGUCACCCUCGAAUUGGGUGGCUUGAACCCGGCUUUCGUCACCAAGAACGCCAAUGUCAAGCUCGCUGCUCGCCGUCUCAUGUGGUCAAAGUGCCUCAACGCCGGCCAGGUCUGCAUCUCUCAGAACUACAUUUUGGCCGACCGCGCCAUUGUCGAGCAACUCAUCCAGGGUCUCAACGCUACUUACAAGGAGUUCUUCCCCAGCGGCGCCAAGAACAGCCCUGACUUCUCUCGUAUUGUCAACAAGAAGUCUUUCCAGCGCAUCAAGAAGAUGAUUGACGAGACAAACGGAAAGAUCGUCAUGGGUGGCGGUUUGGACGAGGACCAGCUCUACAUUGAGCCUACCGCUGUGCUGGUUGAUUCCAUGCUCGACUCCGUCAUGAAGGAUGAGUCUUUCGGUCCAGUCUUCGCCAUCAUGCCGUACGAUACCCUCGAUGACGCAAUCAACAUUGCGAACCAGGUCUAUAGGACGCCUCUGGCGCUCUUCACUUUUGGCAAUGACCAGGAGAACCAGAGAAUCCUCAAUGAGGUGACCUCUGGUGGCGCCACCAUCAACGACGCCUUUUUCCAUGCCUCCAUCUCGACUGUCCCCUUUGGCGGCGUUGGUGACUCAGGCACGGGCAACUACCGCGGUCGCGCCUCUUUUGACGCCUUCACUCACCGCCGCUCCGUCGCCCAGACUCCGUCGUGGCUGGAGAGAUUCAUCCGCGUUCGCUACAUGCCUUACUCCCCCAAGGAGCUUGCCCGCCUCCAGGGCAUGACAGCCGACAAGCCCGACUUUGACCGCAGCGGUCUUCAGGUCCGCGGGCUCGGGUACUGGGUCAAGUUUGUCAUGGGACUCGGCGCGAAAGGUGCUACAGGUGCGUUGUUGAGAUGGGUCUUGGCCCUGGUAAGUAUGUACACCCUAACCCAGCGAAGGCGUUCUUAG